GGGAGAGGGAGUAUGUAUGCCUGCGCGCAGGUCUUUCUUUCAGCGGAAUCGUUCUACAACAAGAACUUCCGGUGCCGAAAGCUCGUUUCCCCCUUUCUGGUUCUGUGGGAAUAGAUUCCGCUCCGCCCCGCCCCUUUCCGUGCAAUCUUUGCGAGGCCGCGAGCUGACUGUCCCACAAGACAUCCCGUCAGUUAUCCUCGCAUUCCUCUCCGGCCGACAAAGAGAAACCUGGACUCCGCCCACUUGAAAGUCCCACAAGCCUCUCCAAAUGGUGAGAAUAUGCGCCAUGACUACUUCUCCAAGAACACCUUCCAAAAAAUCAAACACUCCACGUGCUACUUCCAAGGUUGGUGUCCUCCCUUCUCCUCACCAAAGUGAUUCUACCCCUCUUCCUUCAAUCAAUGAACGUCUGGCCUAUCUUCGCCCCUCUCGGGAGCUACUGGAAUACUAUCGAAAAAAGAUUGCAGAAUUUGAUGAAGAGCAUGAAGAGCUGGUAAAACGGUUGGAGGCAUACAAAGCAUCUUAUGAUGAACAGCACAAGCUUCAAUGGGAAAUGCGUCAGCGAGAGGAAGAAAUUGCAGAACUACAGAAGGCUCUGAGUGACAUGCAGGUGUACCUUUUUCAGGAAAGAGAGCAGGUUCUGCGCCUUUAUGCAGAAAACGAUAGACUGAAAAUCAGGGAAUUAGAGGACAGAAAGAAGAUUCAACACCUUUUGGCUUUAUUAGGAACAGACAAUGGUGAAAUUACCUAUUUUCACAAGGAACCACCAAAUAAGGUCACUAUACAUCAGCUACCAACCAAGAGCAGAGAUUCCCUUGAUAGAUAUGCCAAAUACACUUCAAAAGCAGGUUCUAAAAGCUCUGCCUUCAAAAAUAAAGGAGAGAAGCCUGAAAGUGCAGAUAGAUACCAAAGAGACAACCAAACACUCCUACUACAGGUGGAAGCUCUUCAGGCUCAACUAGAAGAACAGACUAAGCUGUCAAAGGAGCAGAUUGAAGCACUGCUAGAAGAUCGACGCAUCCGAAUAGAAGAAGUGCAGGUGCAGCAUCAGAGGGAUCAGGAAAAGAUCAAAGACACUACUGAAAAAUACCAUAAAGCUCAAAAUUUGCUACAUGAGAGUACCAAAGAUUUUCUGCAGAUGAAGUUUGAUGCACGAGCAAAUGAAAAAUCCUGGAUGGCAGAGAAGGACACUCUGCUGAGGAAGCUGGACAAAUGUAGAUGUGCACACAAACCGAGCAGGAUUUGUAAGAACGGUAGUCCAGUCCAGGACCACAUCAAUCAGAGUUACGAGAGUUGUCAAAGCUGGUGGGCUACUAGCCCAGAGAAACAGGACAUUAGCCUGCAGUGGGAAAAUAGUCCUUGUCAGCAGAGUUUCACCAAGAGAUCACCUCCCAGUGGGAAGGUUGAAGUUUUCAAGAAGAGGAAACCAAGAGCUGCCAGAUGUGUUUCUCAAGCAGAGCAUGGCAUUCAUAAAGUGUAUGGAGUAGAGAUUAAGGGUUUACAAGAUCAAUUGACACAGGAGCAGACGUUAGCAAAUAUGUAUCGAGAACAGUGUGUUUCAUUGGAAGAGGAGUUGGCUAAGAUUCGGGAGGAAGGAAAUUUAGGUCAAGAGAUGUUUAAGCAACGGUCAGAAAAGAUGGGGAAGCGUUUACAGCUAAUGACCCAGCGCUAUGAGGCACUGGAAAAAAGGCGUGUCAUGGAGGUGGAAGGAUUUAAAACUGACAUCAAACAACUUCAACAAAAGCUGCAGGAUGUGGAGAAGCAACUUUUCAAGGUGAUAAUGAACGUGGGACCUGACCAAGAUCUUGCAAUUCUACAUGAAGUUCGCCAAGGGAAUAAGAGAACUAAAAAGAUACAAGGACAACUGAAAAACUUAAAAUCAAAGAUAUAUGGGCUGGAGAAUGACCUGCGAGUUUACUGAUAAUGAUAUGUCAAUCAAUAUGAGUGGUGUUGAUAAAGACCUGUCGCUACAACAAACUCUUUACUUUUUUUUUUUUUUUUUUUUUUUUUUUUACAAAUGUGUCGCUUGCAGUGAGUGUAACAUAUACUUUCCAUUCCAGGGCAGAAGAAAACAAUUGAAACUUGUGUGAGAAUUGAAAAGAAACUCCGUUUAUCUUUUUGAAUGAGUAUCUAGAUUUGGUCUCUGUGAUGUUGAUUUAUACACAGAAUCGGGACAGAGAUAUUUGGUGAUUGCUUUUGCAGUGCCUAGAAGAGAUACGAUCUAUAAGAACUUUUCACUGGCUAAGAAUGAUAUGUUAUGCAGGGAUCCCAAGAAAGUGGCUAGGCGGGCUGUGUACCUUCUAUAUCUUAGUUUAUUAUAGAGAAGAAAGGAAUUUCCAAAUGACUCUCUCAAACUGGACAGUAUAGAAGGGGUUGAUACCAAUUUAUAUAGAGAAGAGAAUCUCUUACAGUGAGUCAUAAGGCUGUUUUAAUUCCAUUUUUCAAAUUAGUUCUUUGAAUAAGUGCUUUCCUGAAUUCUCUACAGAUUUGUAGCACAGAUCAAGAUGAACUCUAUUCAUAAGUGACAGCUUCAGUCUAAAACACAAUUCUAUCACCCAGGAUAAAGAGUGUGUACAUGGUUGCUGUGUACACUAAAAGGGGAAUCAGACCCAUUGAGCUGAAACUUGUAUAUGAAUAAAAUUAAGGAUUAAGUUGUAACACAAAUGCUUCCUAGCAUGGGUCAUUUUAUGUUUUCGUGAGUAUAAUUUUUAUUUUGCAGAAAUCUUUCUGAACCCAGAAAAGAAUUAUGAUGCAUCUAUUGUUUAUACUCUGGUGUAGAACAUUAAAACUUACAUUAUAGUAUUUACUUGA